ACACUGUUUUUAAUCUGACCACAAGAACCUGUUUGCUGCUUCCUCUGACGCGCCUCACAUGUUCCCUCACAACAGUUCCUCCAUGUGACAGUCGACUGACACAAGUGCUCUGUGCAGCAGCAGAGGAAGCCCUGAUCCAGAGCCUCCAGGACCCUAACCCCCAUGACCCCCAGACCAGGACCGAGGUGUCCUGACAUGCCUGAGAGAGGAGUCCCAUCAUGGAGCAGCAGGCCCGGAUUGUGAGGAGCUUCCUGGCGCAGAAGCAGGAGGCUGGGGACGGCUUCACUGGGGAGUUCGCUAGGUUAAAGAGCCAGUCGAUGAGGUACCGCUCCGACCGGACAUUCCCCACAAAGACUGCAGAGAAACAGGAGAACAGCAAGAAGAACCGCUACAAAGACAUCGUGCCCUUCGACUACACCAGAGUGAAGCUCACGAUCACCACGUCUAAAAAUGACAGCGAGUACAUCAACGCCAGCUUCAUCAAGGGGGCCUCGGGGUCCCGGGCUUACAUCGCCACGCAGGGUCCGCUGCCUCACACGUUGCUGGACUUCCUCAGGAUGCUCUGGGAGUACAACAUAAAGGUCGUGGUGAUGGCCUGCCGGGAAUUUGAGAUGGGAAAGAAAAAGUGUGAGCGUUACUGGCCCGAGCAGCAGGAGCAGGUGUUUGUCUGCGAGCCGUUCACAGUUCACUGCGACUCGGAGGAAAUAAAAGGAGAUUAUCUGACGAGGACGUUGCGGCUGACCCAUCGCAACUGUAGCCGGACUGUGAAGCAGCUGCAGUAUUUCAACUGGCCGGAUCACGGCGUGCCGGACUCCGUGCCCCCCAUCCUGGACAUGCUGCAGGAGAUGAGAUCCUACCAGGCGCAUGACGAGGUUCCGUUCUGCAUUCACUGCAGUGCUGGCUGUGGCAGGACAGGUGUGCUGUGUGUCAUUGAUUACACCUGGAGCCUCCUGAAGAAGCAGAUGAUCCCUGCAGAUUUCAACAUCUUCGACAUCGUGCAGAGCAUGCGCACUCAGAGGCCGUCCGUGGUUCAGACUAAGGAACAAUACGAGCUGGUGUACAGGACCAUCCGGCUGCUGUUUGAGAGGUUCCUGCAGGCCCAGGAGGAGCAGACCUGCAGGGAGGUAGCGGGGGUCCCGUCCUCUGCCCCCCCUGACACAGAGAGCUCCCUCUCAGAACUCAGUGACGAAGAGGAGCUGCGUCAUCAGUACCAGCUGCUGCUGCAGGAGGAAGAGGCGGAGCUCUCACACUGCUCCCGCUGGCCUCCUGCUGCACAAAACCACAUUACCCAGACGGUGCUGCAGGAGGGGCCCUGGAGCCAUGUAGAGGAGGGGGUCGAUGAUGUGCUGUCCCUGAACCCGCCCCCCUCUCCAGCCGUGUCUGCAGCCAUCUGUCUGAUGGUGGAGGACCCUUACUUCGACUCCCCGUCGUUAGAGGAGCCCCCCCAAGAGGAAGCAAAGUGGACAGCCAGCCCUGUGUUCAGCCCCCCCGCCCUGCACCUGAACGACCAGGAGCUGAACUUACCUGCCGCAGAUCCUGCUGCAGCGGACAGAGAUGAAGAGGAAGCCCCUCCUCUUCCUCAACGAACCCCUGAAUCCUUUGUGACGGCUGUGGAUCCAGCGCCCUCCCCCCCCUCUGAACGGCUGAUGGUCAUCAUCCCUCCCAACGCUGCUGCUGAGGCUCUCAGGGAGUUAGGAGGUAACCCCCCCUCACCUGUGCCGCCUCUCCCAGAGAGAACACCUGAGUCCUUCGAGCUGGCCCUCGAUGAAGCCGCGGUGCUGCAGAGGUCAGAGUUCACCCGGAGCAGGAUCGGCACGUCUUCAGAGUGGAGCUCCUCCUCUUCAUCACCUCACACUGAGAGCAGACCCUGGAUCAGGAGCAAGACCAUGAAAGCCAAGAUGACCUUCUCAGCGGUUCCAGUAACGCUUCCUGAACUGACAUCAUCUCCAAACCUCCAGCCUCCCUCCCCCACUCCUCCCACACUUCCCACAGUGGAGGAGAGCCUGACCCCCCCCCUCCCUGUCAGAACCCCGGAGUCCUUCAUCCUCCCCAUAGAGUCAGUUCCUGUGCCCCCUCCCCUGCAGAAGCCCUCCCGGACCCCCCCUCAGUUCGGCCGGUCCUCAGAGUGGGACGGGACGGCUCAGCCCAAGAGAUUCCUGGACGUGGUGAUGAGCCGGAGCAAGAGCGUCCGAGCUAAAAGUUCCAGACAAGAGCCCCCCACUGUGCUUCAGCAGCCCACUCCCCCCACUGCAGCGGCUGCAACAGGAAGUGCAGCAGAGGCGGCGGGGGGGCAGUCUGAUAUCCAGCGCAGACCCUCCCUGAAGACGGAGACGCCAGGGAACAAAUCGGAGAAGAAAGAGGAGAAGGGCAUGACUCGCUCGAGGAGCCUCAAGUUCUUCAGACACAAACAGAAACCCAAAACUGCUCCUCCCCCCCCUCCGUCUCAACCGGAGGCUCCUGCAGCAAACGGAGCGUCGGCCUUAGGAUUCAAACUCGGAUUUGGAUACCGCUUUGGGAAACCUAAAGGCCCCCGCAGUCACCCGGAGACCUGGGUCUGAUGAUAUUGAAGAUGAGGCAACGCGUCGCUAACGGACAGCAGCAGUUCUUCAAACACAGAACGCCCUGAAGCUGAAGCUGAAGCUGAAGCUGCUUUCUCUUUCCUCUGUUCCAUCGCUGACGCACUUUGUCCUGCAGGGAGGAUUUGAUCACUGAUGGACGGACUGCUGCACCAACGACUUGAAUGUUUAAUAAAUCUCAGCUGCAGAAUGAUCGGGUUGAAGAGGCAGAGGAAUAUAUUUUAAUGUGUGUGUGUGUGUGUGUGUGUGUAUGUAUGUGUGUGUGUGUGUGUGUGUGUGUGUGUGUGUGUGUGUGUGUGUGUGUGUGUGUGUGUGUGUGUGUGUGUGUGUGUGUGUGGAUCAUUUGCAAUCAUAAGACACACAGGCAGUGCACCAUCCGUCUGUAUUUAAAUGAAUAUCUUAAAGGAUAAGUGUAUUUUGAGGAGC